AUGUCAUAUACUAAUGAAACUAAUUUACAAUUUUCAUUUACAUUUUAUUAUUAUGUACAUUAUCUUGGUGAUUGUGAAAAUAUUGAUAAUCCAAAUAAAUAUGGUAAACCGUUAUCAUUACCAGAGAAAUGGCAACAAAUUCCUAUAUUAUGUUUAACAUUUAUUGCAUUUAUAGUCAAUGUUAUAUCAUUAUUUAUAUUUAUAUUUGGUGAAUACACUAUCAAUCGUUUAACAAGAUACAAUGAAAUGAAAACAAGAACAAUAUCAUCAACAUUAUCAAAGAAUAAAUUUAUUACUAAAAAACAUAAUCGAUCAAGAAGUUCCUUUUUAACAAGUUUAAUUAUAUUAAGUAUAUUUGAAGUCAUUUUCAAUUUAUUUGCAUUUUUAUUUAAAUUAAUUGAAAUCUUUUCACCAUAUUUUAUUCAUCAACAAAUAACAUUGAAUUUCAAUAAUAAUCAUAUACCACCAGAUAUAAAAAUAAUUAUAAUACCAAUAUUACAUAAUAUAAUUAUGUUUAUUGCUGAUAUUGGUUUAAUGUGUAGAAAUUGGUGUAUAUGUUUAAUAACAAUUGCACGUGCUGAAGUUGUUAUAUGGCCAUUAGGUUCAAAAUCAUGGCAAUGUAUAUUAAGAAAACCAUAUAAAUUUACAUUUAUAUUUAUGAUCUUUUUUAUUAUAUCAAUUAUAAUAUCCGCUUUUAAACAUAUAGAUUAUAUUGGUUUAUUAUGUUAUGAUAAAAGAACUCAAAAAUAUGGUUUAUGGUCAGAAGAAUAUUAUUGGAGUUAUGAUGAUUUUUUAAAAUAUAUGUCAUUUAUUGUAUUACCAUAUCAAGCAGUUAUACCAUGGUUUAUUAUUACUCUAUUUACUAUACUUAUCUUAUUUAGAUUAAAACCAUGGAAAAAUGAUAAAAAUUUAAUUUUAUUUACUAAUAAUACAAAAUUUUUAGAGGAUAUACCUGAUAUACAAAAAUCAGAACCACAAAAACAACAACAAUGUUGUAUACAACAAGAUGCUUUAAAGAAACGUCAACAAGGUCAAAUUAAAGCAACAAGAAUUGUAUUAGUUGUUGCUAUUUUAUUUGGUUUAUUCGAAUGUAUGAAUUUCAUUGUAUCAAUAUGUCAAACAACAAAACUUAUAACUAAUAAUUCUAUAAAUCGUAUAUUAGAAACAAUUGGCAAUACAUUUAUAGCAACUGAUUCUAUAUGUAAUUUCUUUAUAUUCAUAUCAAUGAUGUUAUAUUUCCGUCAAUUAUUUGCAAAAAUAUUUCUUUGUAAAGAAAUUAACCAAAAUAUGAAUACUACUACUACUACGCUUACUACUACUAAUAAUAAUAAUAGUACUGUUCCACAAAAGAACACAUCAUAUACUUCUGUUAAUCAAACAUAUAUGACUAAUGUGAAUGAUAUGAAUAAAUUGAAUAGUGAACGUCCAUAA